UGCCUUCAGACGGACUUGUGUGGCGUACCGUAAUGGAAGGAAGUCUCUUGGUCAUUCUCCUGGCCUCUGCCUGCCUUUAUGGCAGGGUGUUGUGCCAAGAGCCCACAGUGGUCUUAGCGUCGAGCUUCUCCACGCAGACGACGAUCAUGUUGGGAGAGCUAGUUACCAUGAGCCUCAACAUGACCGUUCCUCCCCAGACAACGACUGACAUUGAGGUCGAGAUGAUGAACAUGGACAAUAACUCUGCCGUGGUCUUCCUCUAUGGGCCUAUAUCCACCUCAAAAGUUGGACUGACAUAUACCGUCGACUUCUCCGACCGAAGCGUCUCUGCUGUCAGCGGGGAAGUGUAUGACUCCCAGUACAUCAGUGCCACAGUCACCAACAGUGGCAAUAGCUCUGGAACAUUGACGCUGAUUUUCGGCGCAGCAGUUGCCAAAGCGCUUAACACCAAUCCUGUGCAGCUCGCCAUCGGUGGGACCUAUAACGACUCCUCUUUAUACGUGUGGAGUAACCAGAAGAGUUUCCAGGUCUCGACGACGCUGCCAUCAACCCCCGUCUACAACGUCAGCAUCAAGUGUGACCCUGCCAACUUAGAGAUCGACUAUUUCACCUUGUGCAAUGCAACUUUUAGUACUACGAGUUCGUACUCAGCUGUUGCAUACAUCAAUAUCACGGUCAGCAACGAGAAAGACCUGCUCGCCAACACCUUCAGCAUCGGCAGCAUCCUGGAAGUCAAGCGAGUCGGUCAGCACCUGGAGAUCCCCGGGGACUUCGUCCGGACGACGUCCUACUCUUAUAACUCAGACGGGUUCUCUUCCUACGCCGCGAUCAACAUGGGACUGGUUGUGAAACCAGCCGGCAGUGGUGACUUGGUCGUCCAGUUCGCUCUGUCAUCUCACAACGACAACGUUUAUGCCAACCAAACUGUCAUGGUCAAUGCAAGCAUUAUUGUUUCUGGUGUCCUCGCUGGCAGUGGCGUCCAGCCUGUGACGACUGUACCGAGUCAGAAGACAGCAAGCGCCCUCAGUGUGAACAUGCUGGCGAUCGAAGUUGUAGGAGACAAUGGAACUACCGUAUCUUCAAUACCCUCAGGAGGUCUCUUCCAGUAUAAGGUCACUGUGAACACCAGCUUAUUGGUCUCGAAGUACAGGAUGUAUCUUGCAACCGCGCCUACAGUUCCUAAUCUUACCGUGUGCGAUAUGAAACUGUACAGCAGAGAUUUCAACACACCAUUUGUUUUCCCUCCUACUGCUUACCUCGACCGUGUCUUUGGAUAUAAUAUUUAUAACACCAGACAGGUUGCAGACUUGUAUUCCGGGUUUAUACAAUACCGUGUGGUCGGCCAAUACUUAGGGAAACUUGCAGAUUCGGCAAAGAUAAAUUUUGCCCUAGAAAAUGGAACACCCGUCUCAUCCACUGGGAUGGUUGUAAUUGGGGCUACCUUAAGUGCCACGAAGGUGUUCAAGUCGGCCCGAAUCGAUAGAAGUGCAGGCACACUGUUGCCUAACCGGGCCGUAGGGAUGAAACUGACCCUAGAACUCUACCAGAAUGCGACUUAUCCAGAUAUCCAGCUCACUUUGAUUCCGGAUAAGAAGAACCAGUCUCAUAUCCCACUGAGAGUGUGUCCUUCCCUGAUGGGAGAUGUCACCGUCCCAUGCGCCAGAGUUCGGGAGUCUCUUGUGCGAAAUGGAACCAGUUACUUCAGAAACCAGAACGACAGCAUCUACACGAAUGACUUCAGUGACACCAUUUCUGUCAAUCUAGGCACCCUUAGCACAUUGGCCACACCAGGAAAAUUGGAAUUCUGGUUUUUAGUUUCCAUGCCUUGGGGUGAUCCACAGGCUGAAACGUUUCCUGUUACCUUGAAUGCAACUGGCAUCGAAUACAAAAUUGGUGCCACAGUGGGUGAUUACUUCGCGUGGACAGACAAUGUGAAACUGAACAUUUCAGUAGCUAAUACAAUCAGCGUUCCCUACAACUUGUCAGGUGGCCUCAUUGAAAAUCCUCGCCUCAUUCUUAAACCAGUCAACAAAAAUGCUUCUGCUGUUUUGAAUGCACCUUUCCACCUCCUGGUCGAGAUUAAGGUAGGGGGAGGUAUGACUCAGGAUAUUGACCUUGUAGUCUACCCUCCAAAUGGAACUGAACUCUGUCGUCUAAGUCUCAGGGAGGCUGGUAGAUACCUUGGUUGCACACCAGGGGGUGACUGGUACCAGGGAGAAAGGUAUAUAUGGAAGAACACUACGAGGCUGAGGUAUGGAAGUACCCCGCCACUUGCUAGGUUGACUCUCUUUGGCCUCACCAAUGUAGGUACUCAAAGUGUCAAUGUGACGGACAACACGUACAACUCAUUGUUGGUGAAUGUACCAUUAUUCAUACUCCCUGGGUUUGCAGGUGGGGAAGUCAAGGCACAGAUAUACGUAGCAAAAUCCAACACCUCUCUUCUGGCAGAGGCUGUAUAUGCCAUAGUCCCCACGACUGGGCCAGCAGCACCAGUUCCAGCAUCAACUAACUUGACUUUUUCAGUGACUCCUUCUAACUACACAGUGCGGAGGCCUAAUGUUUUAGAAGUUGAAAUGAAAGUUCCUAAGGGUGUUGCACACGAAAUGAUACUGUCCCUUACUGCUCCUGCUGACGCCCCAAUAUGUGCCACUCAUGUCCUCUUUGUAGGGGAGCUAAUGCCCUGUGUAAAUGGGUCGAAGGCUACACACACGAUAUCUAGUGAUGGGAAAUCUGCUGAGGUGAACCUUGGUAAAGUGUGUCGCAUAGAACAGAGUGUGGUUGGUUUUCCUGACACAGAUGUGAUACGGGUGCUUGCAGCAUUUCAGCCUGCCCUGUCUGCAAGUGGCUCUCGACAGUUUACUGCUGAUGUGAAAUACAAUGGAGUUAAGCAGAAUAUCAAUGCGCAAUCAGCUGCAGUUUAUCCAGGUUCUGGAGGAUUAACUGCUGGUGUGCAAUACAAUGGAGUUAAUCUAGGUUCUGGAGGAGUACGUAUGUUAUGA